AUGACGGAUCCUGAAGGAAUCAAGGUCGAGGAGGCAAUUCUCCAGGCCAUUUCUGAUAGCGAUCCUGAAUUAUCAAAUCAGAUAUUCAAAGUCGCUCAUCGACAUUUCACCCGAUACAGAAGAGUCGGAUUGAUAGCCGACCUUGACAAGGCUAUCAGCAUGGCAAUCAAGGCUAUUGAUCUCACGCCAGAAAGUCACCAACAGCGAACUCCACGUCUGAUCAACCUCUCUGUCUACUGGCACGAGAAAUACCCAAGAAGUGAUCCACAAAAUUUAGAAGGACUUCAAGACUCCAUUAAAGCUUCGCGAGACGCGAUUGCAGCUCUUUCAGAAACUUAUCCACACCGAGGAACAAUCCUUGAUCAGCUAUCCACAAAGCUAGGGUUGCUCUUCAUGCAGACGCGAGAACUAGGAGUUAUCGACGAAAACAUUGCAGUCCAACGAGAAGCUGUGGAGGUAACACCAAUCAGCAAUCCGAAGCGUAUUCUUUUUCUAGCCAACCUGGCUGCUCCUCUUACAGCCCGACACCAAAUCCUUGGAAAAAAGGAAGAUCUCGACGGAGCAAUUCAAAUAUGUCAUGAUGUCAUAGCACAGACGGCUGAAAACUCGCCCCAGCUUCUCGAGAGACUCAGUAACCUUUCGCUAGCACUAAGCGAAAGGUACGACACACAUGGAGACCAAAGCGAUCUCGAAGAAGCCAUCGAAGUUGUGAAGCAGGCUAUUGAAGUCACUGAAGAAGAUAGUCUGGAGCGCAUGGCUCAGCUGAGCAAUUAUGCUAACUUCCUCGUUGAUCGAUACCUCAAGACAGGAAGCACCAGAGAUCUCGAAGAGUCUAUCCACAAUUUCGAAAUGGUCUGCGAUCGUAUCGAAGACGAUGAGAUGUAUUUGGACACACACAAAUGUCUCAGCAACUUUGGCAUUCAGCUCAGUCGAAGAUAUAGAAGGAUCGGAACCGUGGGUGAUUUGAGACAAGCGAUACAAGUCGGACGAAAGGCUUGUAAACUGAGCCCCGACGACGAUAGCAAGUCAAAACACCUUUCCAACCUAGCAAUCAUCUUGAAGCACGAAUACUUCAGAACAGAUGAUCCAGACGUUCUUGAGGAGGCAAUCAGUGUGCAGAGAAAGUCUGUAGAGGCCGCCCAUAAGAAUCACCCCGACAUAUUUGUUACAUUUCACAACCUUGCAACCCUUCUCACUACGAAAUACAAACUGACACAAAAUUUGGAGGACCUUGAAGAGGCGUUGAGACUUGGGCGGCAGGCUGUCGACUUGACACCGGAAGAUCAUGCGAAUAGAGCUGCUUGUCUCAACACCCUGGCAGUGCAGUUGAGUGACAUGUCCAAGAAAACUGGAGUGUCGAGCCAUUUGCACGAAGCUAUCCGUUAUGGACAAGAAGCACUGGAUGCCACAGAAGAAAGCCACCCGGAACGCGCUAGCAGGCUGGUUAACCAAGGCGGUCGUUAUGGUGAUUUGUUCUGGCAGACGAAAGAAAAAGAACAUCUCGAUGCCGCCAUUGCACACUUAGAGUCUGCCUUACAUAGUCCUAGCACUGACGAUCAGUCUCGCAUUCGCGCAGGAAAAGGACUUGUCCAGUACUACGCGGCAGUACCUGACUGGGAUAAGGCUUAUGAAGCUGUCAAAACUGCGAUGGAUCUUGUUCCUCAUCUCAUCGCACAGACUACGAGCAAUGCUGAUAAGCAAGGUGCACUGGUCCAAGUCUAUGGCUUAUCAUCUGAUUCAGCAGCUGUGGCACUCUCGGCGAACAGAGGAGCACUUGCUGCAUUGCGGUUUCUUGAACAAGGACGGGGAUUGAUGGCAGCUUCCGUUGAAGAAUCACGGAUGGAAAGCCUCGAUCUUCGGACUGAGCAUCCCGAACUCGCUGAGAGUCUAAACCGAUUGCAAGGUCAAAUCAGUUCUUUUGGAGCUGUCGGUUAUUCCAGUGAUGAGAUCCACAGGCCUUCAUCAUCAGGCCGGCAUGCCGGAAUGAACCAUGACCUCGGCGAGCUUCAUAGACUACUCGACGAGAUCCGCCAAAGGCCCGGAUUUGAAGAGUUUCUCUCUGCGCCAAGCGAAUUCAGCAUCAAGAAUACUGCAAUUCCUGGAGCCAUUAUUGUUAUCGAUACCAGCGAGUUCCGUCGUGACGCAAUUGUCGUGGAGAGCGACCAGAUUCGCAGCAUUCCUUUGCCUCAGCUUACAAUCCUAGAUAUAAGGUCCAAUACCCAACAGGGCCAUACUUCAAGUCCAAAGAUACUCGAGUGGCUGUGGCAUACUAUAGCUGAACCCGUCCUUGGUGCACUAGGAGUCAAUGAAGUUUCUCCUGAAGAACGCCUGCCACGGAUUUGGUGGAUCCCAACAGGCGUAUUGAGCAUAUACCCUCUCCAUGCAGCUGGCCGACAUUAUAAAGGAUCGCGAGACACCGUGAUCGACAGAGCUAUGUCAUCGUAUAGCUCGUCUCUCAGAGCCAUUAUCCGGACUCGGAGUCGUGCAGGUCUAAACCCGUUUCCCUUGGGCAACGAGCGGGCCGUGCUUGUAUCCAUGGAGCGAACACCAGGGUACAGUACACUCCCUUCAGCAGGCAGAGAAAUAACUCAAUUACGUCCCAUCUGCGAGUCCAAAGGAUUUGAGGUAGUUGAACCCAAAGGUAUUAAAGAAGACAUUGUUUCGCAGUUUCCAGAGUGUAAGGUCUUCCACUUCGCUGGCCACGGCGCCACGAACCUGCGCGACCCUUCCCAAAGCAGUCUUCUGUUACAAGAUGAACCUCUAACUGUUUCAACCCUUCUGGAAACCAACAUCCAGCAAUAUUCACCAUUCCUUGCAUACCUCUCGGCAUGCGGCACUGGACAGAUUGCCCACGAGAAGUUCCUUGAUGAAAGCAUUCAUCUGAUCAGUGCCUUUCAACUAGCUGGAUUUCGUCAUGUCAUCGGUACUCUUUGGGAGGUUGGUGAUGAUAUCAGUGUUCAUAUGGCAAGGAUCACCUACGAAGCUAUUCAGCGAGGUGACUCGGCAGAUGAGUCGGUAUGUCGAGGCUUACAUAAAGCGACAUUAGAGCGGCGAGAUCAAUGGUUCAGAGAACAGACUCCGACUCGUGGUCGUAAGAGGAAGGCAAGAUCCAUUCUGCAAGAUGAGAGAGGAACGGCGUCGGAUACUCGUGACAUUGAAGCUUUGGAUGAUGAUGAUGAAGAUGUCUCUAGAUUGCCGCAAUGGGUUCCAUAUGUUCAUUAUGGAGUAUAA